UCUGAACAGCUCUGGGAUUCUUAGAUCCACCCAGCUCAGCAGCCAGAAUAGGUUUAGCAAACCUAGCUUGCAACGCACCCAGAGCUGGGUACCAGCUAGUGCUGCUUCUGCCUUGCCUCUCUGCUCCAUCCUCAUGCUCUUUUCCCCUUCAUUCUGCUUUCUCUGGAACUAUGCUAGCCUUUUUGUUUCUCUUAGUAAUUGGAGUACCAAAUGUUCAUGCUGCUCCAUACAGGCUGGUUGCUGUGAUGGAGAGUUAUUUGCAAAGCAUUUAGAAGCCAGCAUCCCAUCUGUAGCAUUUUUUCCUCCCCUCUUCCUAAUAACAAGGCUGUCUUAUUCAGAGUGCACAUUCAUUGCAUGACCACUCCACCUGGAUAUUCAUCACAGCAACUGCUUUUGGCCAAAACUGCUAACUUUCUUAGACUUAAUGACAACCUAUUCUUUUUGAUUAUUUUUUGUUUGCACGUUUUCUUUUUUCUUUUUUUUUUCUUUUUACUGCUGUUUAUAUAAAAUUGGAUUUCUUUAGCACAAUCAGAAAGAAUAAUGCAACUCAGUUUGUUCUGUGUUCUGUGUGAAUUCAGUGUGACUUUAUCCAGAGGCUACUGCACAUAUAGAUUUUUCUGAAUAUUCCUUUCUUUUUUGUACGUAAUUUCUUUACUAUCCUGGAAAUUGGAAAGAUUAUUUUGAUUGUGUACACUUGUAUUUCAUGGUUAGAAAGCACAGAGUGAAAAGAGAAUCAUUGAACUGUUUUGAUCUUUACUCCUGUUUUUGGAUUGUUGGAAUACCACUUCAUGAAAGGUUUGUUGUUGGUUGAGUUUAUCUAAAAAGCACAAUGGCUUUGAGUGGCAAUUGCAGAACUUACGCCCCACCCAGGGAUCAAGGGACUCUUUUGCAAUCUUUUCCCGAGGUGGUUGAACUAAAUGUUGGUGGACAAGUUUAUUUCACUCGUCACUCAACUUUGACCAGUAUACCACAUUCUCUGCUAUGGAAAAUGUUCACCUCAAAAAGGAACUCUUUGCACGACCUGGCUAAAGAUGCUAAAGGACGAUUCUUCAUUGAUAGAGAUGGAUUUCUUUUCCGUUAUGUUCUCGACUUUCUCAGGGACAGGCAGGUAGUCUUGCCCGAUCACUUCCCAGAGAAAGGGAGGUUGAAACGUGAAGCCGAAUACUUUCUCCUGCCAGACUUGGUGAAAAUCCUAGCCCCUGAUGAAGUUAAACAAAGUCCAGAUGAAUACUGCCACAGUGACUUUGAGGACAUCUCCCAAGGGAGUGAAACCAGAAUAUGCCCUUCUUCAUCUUUGAUGCCUUCAGAUAGAAAAUGGGGUUUCAUCACAGUUGGUUAUCGGGGAUCUUGCUCCAUGGGUAGGGAAAGUCAAGCGGAUGCCAAGUUUCGAAGAGUUCCAAGAAUUCUGGUUUGUGGUAGAAUAUCACUGGCCAAAGAGGUCUUUGGAGAGUCUCUAAAUGAAAGCAGGGAUCCGGACAGGGCUCCAGAAAAAUACACGUCCCGUUUCUAUCUGAAGUUCAAGCAUCUUGAAAGGGCGUUUGACAUGCUGUCAGAGUGUGGAUUCCACAUGGUAGCCUGCAAUUCUUCAGUGACGGCCUCCUUUGUUAAUCAGUACACUGAUGACAAGAUAUGGUCCAGUUACACGGAAUAUGUUUUCUACAGAGGCCCUUCCAAGUACCCACCGACUCAUUGUGACUGCUGCUGUAAAAACCCAAAAGGGGACAAAGAAGGGGAAAGUGGGACAUCUUGCAAUGAACUAUCUACUUCUAGCUGCGACAGCCAAUCUGAAGCCAGCUCUCCACAAGAAACAGUCAUCUGUGGUCCAGUAACUCGCCAACCCAAUAUACAGACUUUAGAUCGGCCAGCCAAGAAGGGACCCGUGCAGAUACUACAGCAAUCUGAAAUCCGAAGAAAAAGUGACCUUUUAAGAACUCUGACCUCGGGUUCACGAGAAUCUAACACAAGCAAAAAAAAAGUGGUGAAAGAAAAGCUCUCUAUUGAAGAAGAGCUCGAAAAAUGUAUUCAGGAUUUCAUGAAGAUAAAAAUACCAGACAGGUUCCCAGAGAGAAAGUACUCAUGGCAAUCAGACCUGUUACGAAAAUAUCACCUAUAGAAAGGAAUACAUACCACACUAUUAACACUAUAAAUAACAAUUCUAUGGUACAUGAAACCUAUUGUUCAUUUGGUAGAUUACCAUGCCCACUUUAAGUACUGCCUAACAUCCAUUAUUCCCCUUAACUCCAUUGCUGCUGUAUGUGCCUAUAUCUCGUUAGAGAGUCACACCAGCAACAAUGGAGUUAACACCAACAGUUACAGGGUAUUAAUUUAUUUUUCUCUUUGUGGAAGCACAAUGUAUUAUGUUCCUUUGUAAUUUAAAUAAGUCGGUUUCUCCAAGCACCAAUAGCACAAGCAUUCUAGACAUGCUAAACGGUAGCUUCUCUUUUUAGUUAUCCAGGCGUCGAUGUGUUACAGAAAGCCUUCGGAAGAGUGUGUCACUUUAAAAAUGCAUGUUUCCUUACUGGAGGAUGGUGAUCACAAGAGUACAAUAAGCAAAAUUAUACUAUGAUGGUUUACAUUUAGUGAAUAUAUUAUUGCAUAAAUUAUUGGUCUUGUUAUAUCCUUGUAACUCUGCACUUUCUUUCAAGAAGGACAGCUGCUUUGUGUGGUCAUAUAACCUGUGGCUGCUUCAUUAUCUCUAUUUUUUUAGGAGUAUGAGAUGUGUGAAUGGUGUUUUAACCCGAUAUGGCUCAUUUUCUUUCCCUCAUUCCAGUCCCAAGUGAUGUCAUCCAUGUGGACUCCAAGUAAGGAAUCAUUUUUAAUCCAAAUGGACAGUCAGCCUUGGAAAAGCACAUACGUUGAUGGCCAGUGUUUGCAAGUUACAGGGCUUUUGUGGUGAAAAAUGUGUAAAAUUUCAUAGAUGUGCAAGUGCAUAAUAAAGU